CCGGAUCAGCGCCCGCGCCGUGCGCCGUUCGAAAUACAAAUCGAAUCGACCGAUUUCAAAUUUAAAUAGAAUCAAUUUCAUUACCGCUUUAUAAUUGAUUAGUUUUUAAAUUUAAAUAAACGGUGAAUUAUAUUAUUUUGUGAUAUAAAACAAAUAUUUCAUGAAUUUAACAAUCAUUUUAAUUAUUAGUGAAAUAUAAAUUAUUAAAAAUGGAUACCGAAAAAAAACAACAUAGCGAAGUAACUGUGGACGAUAUAUUGCAAGUUCUUGGACCAUUCGGUAGAUUUAAUGUUUUCAAUUUUAUUUUAAUUUUGUUUCCUGUGUUUUUGGCGGGAAUGUAUUCGUCAGUUUACAACUUUGAAGCUAUGGAUCUUAGCUACAGAUGUUCAGUCCCGGAAUGCGCUGACGACCCGUUGAUGGUAAACUUCACCAUCCCUCAUGACGAGGACGGCGUGCCAUACAAAUGUCUCCGCUACGCCCCGUACAACACCAGCCUGUUCGACAACAGCUCACAGUGUAUGCCACACCAGUUCGACUCCUCGAACGAGAUAGAGUGCGACUCCUACGUCUAUCUUGAGGAGCACUCCAUCGUUAAAGAGUUCAACCUCGGCUGUCAAGACUGGAAGCGUUCUUUAGUCGGCACGGUCCACAACGCUGGAUUCUUCCUCUCAAUACCACUUACUGGACUUGCUUCGGACAAACUCGGGCGCCGAAUGGCUGUCGUGUUCGCUUGCGUAGCCAAUGGCGUCUUCGGAGUCAUUCGGGCAUUGUCGGUCAACUACGAGAUGUUCGUUAUAUUUGAAUUCCUGGAACCCGCAUUCGGAGGGGGGGUUUAUACCGCGUGCUUUGUUCUUGCAUUGGAGCUAGUCGGCCCGAAAGGGCGAGUCUUCAUCAGUCUACUUUUCAACACAAUGUUCAUCCUCGGCGGAGUGACUGUCACUGUCCUCUCCUGGUGGCUCCAGAACUGGCGAUACUUGGUCUUCGUCAUUUAUACACCAGCUGUCUUCGUCUUCGUCUACAUAUGGCUGCUAACUGAAAGCUUCCGAUGGUAUUUCAGCAAAGGGAAAUACGAAGAGGGCUUAGAUGUCCUGAAGAAAUCGGAGAAGAUGAACAACUCAUCAGUUCCGAAUGAGCAUUACGACCAAGUGGAGAAACACGCAAGAAAACAAAGAGAAGCGAGGAAGUACGAAUCUUCAGAAUCAAAACAAUCGUCCUUCCAGCAAAUGUUCACAUCGGCGAUGAUAUGGAAACGACUGUUCAUCUGCUCUUUUCUGUGGACCUGCUCAACAUUGGUAUACUAUGGUCUAUCAAUAAACGCCAUAGAGCUGUCUGGGAACAGCUACCUCAACUACAUAGUAGUGAUAGUGAUAGAGGCACCGGCAAACAUCUGCAAGCUGCUGUUGUUGGACAGAUACGGAAGAAAGAAGGUCAUUGCUGUAGCAUACUUCCUGACUGGACUGAUACUUGUGAACUACGGAUUCGUACCAGCUGGCACAUGGUCGAUAGCGACGUACCUGGGCGGGAAGUUCUUUAUAACACUGGCUUACAACUCACUGUACGUUUUUGCUGCUGAAGUGUUCCCUACUAACUACAGGACGACGCUGCUUGCCAUAUGCUCCACCAUCGGAAGGAUCGGGUCUACUGUCGCGCCUCAGACGCCAUUACUGACAAGAUACUACGAGAAUCUACCCACGAUGCUGUUCGGUAUUAUGGCGGCACUAUCUGGUUUCCUGGUGCUGACCUUGCCAGAAACCAACAACCUCAAACUGCCUGACUCCUUGAAGGAAGCCCAGGACCAAGACAGAAGAGAAGAAACACCUGAAACGACAGAACGAACUGUCGACACCAAGACUCGGUUAUAAACGAAAACUAACAGUGAAUUAGCUUUAAUUUUUGGACUAUAUUAUUAUUGCGUAUGGCAAACAAAAAUAAAAUAUCCUGCGUGGAUCAUAUAUCCAGCUGAAGCUCCCUUAACCAAGUCUACUCGAGUAGGACAGAUAUUAGUGGGGGAGCCCUGAGAAGGGCUGUUUGUGGUUGAGUCCUGAAAAGGACUGUUUUGGGGAUCCAUCAUGUAAUCGCAGGAAAAAACACCGACCAGAACCAGAAUACUACUCUGAACCGGUGUGUGUGUGUAUGAAACGAUUGAUUAAUGUGGAGGAAGCAACAGAACUGUGUUAGGAUCGAAGCAAAUGUAAUUCCAUAGUCUCUGCCUACCCCGGUAAUUCCAUAGUCAGUGCUCAAUGGCAAUAAAUAUUAUAAUUGUCCAUAGUUA